AUGCUCCUCAUCAAUCCCGGCCACGUUCGGUUCGCGGUGUUUCUUUCCUGCGGCGCGUUCAUCGAGAUGUGCAAGAGGCGAGGACGACGACCGAUGGUUCGUCCUGCGCCUCUUCCUCCUCCUCGCGAGGAUGCGCAACGACACCAAGAAGAAGAACUCGCGUCGUUUUCUUCCCCAGAAACGAGGACGACGACGAGGAAUAUUUUUGGGUCAAAUAAUGCUGCGGGAGAGGAGGACAACAACAACAACGUGAACAUCCAGUGCAGGUUUUGCUUCGGAUCCGACGAUAUGAGUGAGAUGAUCUCUCCGUGCGAUUGCUCGGGAAGCGCCGGUUACGUCCACGCGAGGUGUUUGAGACACUGGCAGUCGGUGAGUUUACAAAACAGCGGGAACACGGAAACGAGAUGUCGCGUGUGCCAAGCGACGUUUAGGAACUUGCCGAGACGGUCUCGCCGAGAGCGGUUUUUGGAGUGGUUCGCGCCGACGGCGAAGGAUCGAACGCACCAAUAUUUCAACGCGUGGAGAGACGCGCUUUUGAACACGUUGAUUCCAAUCGCCGCGGAUGCGGAUUGCAGAGAGUUUAAUCGACUCGGGGAUGUGGUGGAGACGAUAUUAGGGUGCGAGGUGCGAGUGUUUUAUAGCCGCGAGAUGCAACGAGGGAAUAAGCUGUUUAUUUUGCUGAGGAAGUGGUUUCAUCGCUUGGAGAAGACGCACGUGUACACGUACAUCGCGAGGACGCUCGGGAGGAUGCUCAUUGCCGGAGUAUCCAGCGUCAUCGACGACGACGGGACGAUGGUGCGGACUCGACAUCGGGUGGACGCGUUCGUGCCGUUUGUGACGGCUAUUCGAGACGUGCUCGUGUGUUUGCAAACGCCGAUUGAAAGUUUGAUGCGAUUUCACGUGCCGUACGUGUACGCGUGUUCAAUCAUUGAAAGGUACCCACAGUUUCGAGUGAACUGCGGAAUGUACGAUAACUAUACGAACAACAACAACAACAGGAACAACAACAACUUCGGAAGGAGGAGAAGAAGAAACCAACAACCGCCGGGGAUAUUCGAGAACUUUUUUGCGAUCGGUAAAGAAGAAGCGAACGCGAUUGCAAACAUACGAAAUAACAGGAGUAAUAAUAAUAAUAACAACAACAACAACAACAACAAUACCGCAAACGGUGGUAUAGUUGGUAACCUCUACCGCCGAAGAAUUGCGAGAGCUCCUAUAACAGGAAGAAACAACAACAACAACAACAGAUUUCAAUUUGGUGGGUUCAAUUUCAAUCCGCCGCGACGCGCGGAAACGGCGCGCUGA